AUGUGGAGCCUCGAUUACCUAGAUGGCAACUUUGCCGCAGACCCUGUUGAGAUCCGCGAGGUAUGGGACUCUAACCUGGAGGAGGAACUCUCUCUCAUUCGUUCUAUUAUCGCGGAUUACCCCUUCAUCUCUAUGAACACCAAGUUCCCCGCCUUCCUAAUUCCCUCCGCCAUCACUUCCCCGACUUCAUUCGUAUUCAAUUACCAGAAUAUCAAAAGCAACAUCGACGCCAUCAAACUCAUCCAACUCGGCCUCACCUUCUUUAACUCUUCAGGCCACCUCCCUCACUUCGGCUCUCCCCCUCGUCCUUGCAUUUGGCAGUUUAAUUUCCGCGAGUUCGACACAACAAGGGACAUCUUCGACCGCAACCAUAUGGACUUUCUCCGCCGCAGCGGCAUGGACAUAGAAAAGAAUCACCUCCUCGGCGUCACCGCCGAUCACUUUUCCGAACUCAUCAUCUCAUCCGGCAUCGUGCAGAAUAAUUCCGUCCAAUGGAUUACUUUCCACAGUUAUUUAGACCUGGGAUAUCUUCUCAAAACGUUAACUCGCCACAAUCUACCGGACUCUCAUGAGGGUUUCUUACGUUCUGUGCUGCGGUAUUUUCCUAAAAUCUAUGACAUCAAGACGUUGAUGAAGCUCUGCAACAACCACUCUCCACGCGUGUUGAAUAAGGUCGCGGAGGAUCUUGGAUUGAAUAGAGUGGGAAGAUACCACCAAACUGGAUCAGAUAGUUUGCUCGUCGCUGCUGUUUUCAGGAAGUUGAAAGAUCAUUUUUUUCUUAGAUCUAUCGAGAGAUACGCUGGAGCUUUACGUGGUCUUAGCCUUGAUUGA